GUGAUCGUCAGUAUCGAUCGUGUGUCGUGCAUAUCUCGCCGUUUCUGUUGCUGCAGAAAUCUACGCGUUAAAAGUUAAAGAAUUUAAUCUAAAAACAAUAAAAAUGUUCAGACAUAUUUUACGACCAAUUGCUCGAAACACGCGAACUGGUACACGUUCAUACCAGGUUCCCCAUGAUGUUCGACCACCAAGUAUGGAUGAAGUACCUGUGCCACAUGGAUCAUGGCAAGAAGCAUAUAACAAAGCUCAAACAAAAUAUAAUUUGCAAUUAGCAGCUGGUGUUCUUGUACUUAUUGCGACCAUAGUAACUGGUAGAAUGAAUGGAACACUGUGGCUUAACUUUCUUCCUCCAACUCCAAAAGAUUCUGAAGCCUCUAAGUAA